AUGAUAUUUCGACUUUUGUUUAUAUUUGUAGCGCUGGUAUAAAUCAGUUAUUAAGCAUGCAGAAAGGAUGGAUGUUGGAGCUGUAAAUCUUACAAUGAUUGUUGUAUUUCUUGUUGGUGUUAUAAAUCAUAAAAAUAUUAAAAAACAAUUGAUACAUUUGGAUGUGACAGUAGAAAAUGUGAUGACUAUGAUGAUUGGAGAUGUAAGAAAUGUGUAGAUGGGUAUUAUUUAAAAGAUUAUACUUGCUUUCUUUGUACCUAUCCAUGCAUUGAAUGUGAAAGUAGAACUAAAUGUAAAAAAUGUGAUUCUGGAUAUAAGUUAAGUAAUGAUUAAUGUAUUUAAUCAUGCACAUUACCACUUUGCAAAUAAUGUGACAGCACUCCAAAUACAUGUGAUGUAUGUGUAGAUAAUGCAAUAAAAAAUUCAUCUAAUUCUGGAUGCUUAUGCAUUUCAAACUACUAUUCAGAUGGUAAACAAUGCAAAUAAUGUAUUUCAAUAUGUGGAUCAUGUUUAAAUUCAUAUAACUAUUGUGCUACAUGUAAUAAUGUUUCAAAUAUGUCACCAAAUCCAAUAAAUGGAGUAUGUAGUUGUACCACAGGAUAUUAUUGGAACUCUAGCUCAUGCGAAUAAUGUGUUGCACCUUGUUUAACAUGUGAAAAUGAAGCAACCAAAUGUACUUCAUGUAAUGAUGAAUCUCUUAUGGUAAAUGAUGAAAAUGAAUGCACUUGUCAAAUUGGAUAUUUAAGUUCACCAAAUAAUCCUUAUUAAUGUGAAAUAUGUUCCAAUAAUUGCUUUACAUGUGCUGAUGUAAGUAAUAAAUGUACUUCAUGUAAUGAAAAUUAUGAAUUAAAUGAGGAUACUAAUACUUGUUAUUGUCCUGAUGGAUUUUAUGAAAUAAAUAAUACAUGCAAUGAAUGUGAUAAACUAUGUUCCAAAUGCUUAUCUAAAACAAUAUGCUCUGAAUGUAUUGAAAAUCUGUUAGUAAGAUUCUCAAAUUAGUAAUGUAUUUGUAUGGAUGGAUAUUAUUUUGAUGUCAAUCAAUCACUAUGUUUACAAUGUGAAUUAACUUGUAAAACUUGUUAAACAUAAAAAUAAAUGUGCACUUCAUGUAAUUUAGAAUUAAAUAGAACUUUAAGUAAUAAUAAGUGUAUUUGUAAAUCUGAUCAUUUCUUAAAUGAAAAUCAACUUUGUAUAUCUUGUAAAUCUAAAGAAGCUAUAGCAAUUGAAUUUUGUAAAUAUAAAGAUUGCACUGAUGGUAUAUGGUCUUAUGGAGAAGAAUGCGAUGAUGCUAAUAAUUCAUCUAGAGAUGGUUGUUUUAAUUGUCUAAAAGAACCCUAAUACUAUUGUAUUAAUGAAAUUCAAAAGUAAUCUAAAUGUGAAAAGUGUUAAGAAUAUUGUUAAAUAUGUGAGUAUGAUUACUUUUACAAAAUACAAAAAUGUAAAUAAGCAAUUGAUGGAUAUUAUAUGGAAAAUUCUAUUCGUAUUAAUAAAUGUUCAGACAAAUGUUUACAUUGUGAAUCAAAUGCUAGUUAAUGUACUAAAUGUAGAUUUCUGAAUAUAAGUAAAUCAAAUAUUAAUUGUUAAUUAUGUGAAUUCAAAUAAGGAUAUUAUUCAGAUUAUGAUAAUAACUCAUGUUAUUCUAAAUGUGGAGAUGCAAUUCUCGCUGAUGUUGAAUAAUGUGAUGAUGGAAAUAGAAUAAAUGGAGAUGGAUGCAGUGAUAUAUGUUAAUUAGAAAAGAGUUUCGAUUGUAUAAAUGGAGUUUGUAUUAAAACAAAGAAUCCAAUUCCUUAAGGAUAAGAAAAUUAGAUAUAUGAUUUAUAUACUCCAAAGAGAUAAGUAUUAGUAACUUAUGACUAAGAAUUGA